ACUUUCCUUCCCUACGUGUGUGACGUAACUCUAUAAAAGAGCGGUCAGUGAAGACGCCGCCGCUAUACCGUUUCCGCCAACCACGGCCAUAGCGUCCCGACCACCGGCACUGAAGGACGCGGGCGGCACUCUUCCCGCCGGUUCAUAUCUGUGACAGUUCCAUUAAAGGUGAAGUGAAGUGAUUAGCACGUGUUGUGUUGUGAUAAAAGUGUUGUGUACGUGAUAAAAGUCGCCGGUUUAUCGUGAAAUUAAAGGAAUGUUUGUUUCAGAUACGAGAUGAGGUCUUUAUUGUUGUUGGUGGCAUUGUGCUGCUUAGUUUUGUCGGCGUACUCGAGCCCUAUCUCCAGGCAGGAGGAGGAAGUGAAGGAGGUUGGUAGGCAGGCGGCCGCGCAGCCAGCAGCCCCCGCGGCCGACGAUGACGAUGACGACGAUGACGACGACGAUGAUGACGAUGACGUAGACUUGGCUCUUGGAGAUGAUGAUGAUGAUGAUGACGACGAUGACGAUGACGAAGAGGAUGAUGAAGAAGCAGAUGACGAUGACGACGAAGACUACUUGGAGAGAUUCUUCGAUGACAUCUUAGGAGAUGAUGAAGAUGACGAGGAUGACGAGCCAGCGGUCGCAGCUGUUCAGCCUGUGGUUGCACCCGCUGACACAGUAGCCGCUGCACCCGUCGCGGCCGCUUCGGAGGAAGCAGCCGCUGUUGCGGAAGACGCUGAGGCGGCAGAAUCUGAAGCUGUCGCAGAAAGCGAGGAACCCGAAGCCGGUCAGAAGGAACCCGCUAGUGCGGAAGUAGAGGCAGCCGCCGCAGAGUCCCCUGCUGCCGACGCUGAGGAUGAAGAUGAAGACGAUGAUGACAUUACUGAUGCUCUAGCAGAGGAUGAUGAUGACGAGGACGAGGAGGAGGAAGACGAUGACGAUGAAGAUGACGUCGCCGAUGUCCUCGGCAGGAAUAACUCCGAGAAGCACGCACGUGAGUCAAAAAAAUUGAAGGCGAUCGUCGCGGCGCAUGCGAAAAAGACUGGAAAAAAAGCGAACUACAUCGGAAAAGUUAAGAAUACCAAAGCGACAUCCGCCGCGGCGUCGGCCCCAGAACACAAAAAGUUCAGAUAGUGACUAGGCGGAGUCGAGAUACGCCACCAAAUCCACCUGAGUGACCCUACGGUCCCCUCCUUUAGCUUAGCUAUUUAUUGACUAUUUAUUUAUUCCAUUUAAUUUAUUUUAUUUAUUAAGUGCGUGUGUUUGAUGUGUGAAAGUGUAAGUAUGGAACCGAAAGAGUUGAAGUUAAAUUAAUGUCUAGAUCAUGUCACACUGGUCUCGUGGCAAUUUAUUGGAAAUAAAUCUGUUGUUCUAAAUUGUUGUGUGAAAUUUUUUGUUUUACCUUAGAGAUGACUUGUGCGUUGAAGAUCGUUUUCCGAAACACUAUGCAUCGGUCAAAAUUCUAGUUGCAUAAUAUUGCAAUUGUCAGCUAAUCGAGUGACAUUAUCUAGUUAUAUUAAUUUAAUUUUGUUGUUAUAAUAAAAUGUAUACUAGUCAGCAUACAAUAAUUUAUAACUAUUCCUAUACCCGUAUCCGUUAGUAUUACAUAUAUUCAAAGAUGUAUGUUUAUAACUACAGGUAUAUCUAAUAUCUUAUUCCUUUGAAUCCAUAGCAUGGUUAUGUAGCAGUAUUGUAUAUGUAAUGAUUAAAAUUAGUUAUUAUAACUAGCCUUUUGACCGAUAUACAUUUAUCUACGUAUUUGAAUCUAACGCACAACCAAUCUCUUUCCUUUCCCCAUUAUCCA